UCCCUUCCCCAUCGCGAUUGGCCUGAAUCUGUUUAAUACCCCUCCUGGGGCUCCGCCACCAACUAUCCACGCAGUGUGCUCUAGGGCAGGGGAAGACCGGGCAGCUGGGCGCUUGGGAUCCCAUUUGCAUUUGCAGCGCCACAUGCUGCUCUAGAACCCCGCUGGCGCUCGCGGGGGGUUCUAGAACCCGGCCCAGUGAGUUCUAACCGCGGGAGGACAGGGAGAGUGGCCGCUGCUCCCGCUCCAUGUGCAGUGCUGGAAACCGGCCGACUCGCAGUUUAGUAGCGCCCUUCAGCCCCCCACUGCGGGAGCAGUGCUAGAACCCGGCGCAGUGCGAUCUAGAAUGCAGACUCCACUCCCGUUUCUAGGACUCGGUACGUUCUAGAAGGUGCAGGGAGCCGCUCUAGAACCCAGCCGGGAAGCCCCGAGGUUUAGAGACGGGGCUAUUCUGGAAGACGCGCCUCCGCGCCAGGUAGCGAUCGGCGCUGAGCCGCUUUAGAACCCGCUGGGGCCCGAUCUCUGCAGGGGAAGGGGGCGGCGAUAGCACCCAGCCAGCAGGGUCCAGAGGGGCCCGCCUGCUGUAGCCAUGCUGGAGUCGGCGGUGCGGCUGGCCCUGGGAGCCGGCGAGCUGGUGGCUCCGGGACCGCAGCUCUCGGAGCGGCUGGCCCUGCUGCAGGCGCAGGUGCUCGCUUCCCUCUGGCCCAUGCUGCUGCUAGGAGGGGCCGUGGCGUUGCUUGUCCUGUUGGGGAUGCUCCGGCGCUGGGACCGGGCGCGGCCGGGCCGCCAGCACAGCGCGGAAGGGGAGGAGGGUGGCGCUGGGUCUGCCAGCUCCGAGGAAGGGCGGCUGCCAGCACCGGCCCCGCGGACACAGAACGGGAUAGCUGGGCAGCAGGAGCAAAGGGCGAGGCAGAGCCACAAGACAAAGUCUAAAAAAAAGAAGAAGACCCAGUGCUCAGAAAAGGGGGGAUGUAAAGACCAUAUCUCUGCUGAAAAAGACAAAUUGCCAGAAGAAGAGGAAGGUGUUUGGCAGACUAAGAUCAGUAGCCGAGAAAAAAGACACUUAAGGAAAGAACGUCUGAAACAAAAAGAAAACCCUAGCAGAGUGUCAUCCGGUACCAUGGUGGUUGAAGCAGUCUGUGAUGGGGAUGGGAAAGGAACCGUUUGGCCACACACUGUGAGUGGGACAGAGGACAACAGCAGUAGUAGACAGGGAGCUCUGUGUGAGUCAGGGACAAAGACAGAUGGUGGUUCCGCUGUUAGGAACUCAGAAGCCACAGGAGAAGAAUCUGAGCUCACACGGUUUGAAGAGGAUGUUUUUUCCAAUGUAGGAACAUGGGAUAUUGUGGAAGCAAAAGCUUAUCCUGUGACUUUUGGGACUUUACCAGAGCUGUCCAUGGAGUUAAGUAAUCAGAAGAGCAAAUCAUCUCAGGACAACCUCUCCAAAUAUCAUUGGAAUGCCAACUUACCCUUCCUCACAGUGGAUGAUGCAUGGCUUGGGCAGCGUGAUCCCUUAGCAAUUGACCUCAAUUCUGAUUGGAAUGCUCCCACAGAGGAGUGGGGAAACUGGCUGGGAGAGGAGGAGACAUGCACAGGACCCGAGAGAGAGAAGCCUCAGCAAGGUUUAGAAAUGAGAACAAAGGAAGGUCGAAGGGAGUUGAUAUCUAUGAAACACAGUAGUCAUGCUACCUGUACCUCUUUCAGAAUACCCCAGGACCCUGCUAACAAUUUACUCCAUAAUGAUGUACCUGGUAAAAAGGAGAGGCAGAAGAGGAAGAAAAUGAGGAAAGAGACUUGAUGGGGCUGUGUAGCUGACAGUGUGAAAACCAAAUAGCACGUGUGCUGAUUAGCUGCAAGAGUUCUGCUUUCUUUGGUGAUGCACUGAGCCCAAAGCAAAGAGAGGAUCUAGAAGAAUCCCAAUAAAUGGGAGAAGAGGAGAACAGGAACAGUGAGCGGGAGAGGAAGAGGGAGAGAGAGAGAGUGCGUGUGUGUGUGUGUGUGUGUGUGUGUGAGAGAGAGAGAGAGAGAGAGAAUGCACCAUGAUAAUGUGUGCAGGAGCUGGUGUUGAAACAGGAUUGCUGUUUAAAAACAACCCACUGCCCUUGAUCACUUAAAGAAAACUAUUGAGUAGGUUUUAGACCAUUUACAUUAAACCCUUCAGUGUCCAGUUACUUAUCAAGUUGGCAUGUUGUAUGACAUUAUAGAAUUAGUCAAAAUCCAUAAAUGACCACAGUUGUAUUUAGAUUCUAUAGAGGAUCCACCCUUUAUUCCAGCCUCCAUUUGCAAUUUAAAAUGUGAUGUGUGCAGAUGUGCUCAUUGACAAGUUAAUAAUGUACAGAAGGUGGGUGGUGCAUGCUAAAGCGUCUAUAAAUCAUAAGAAAGCAAUUGUUAGACCUACAAAGAACAGCACCACUCACCUGCAAAUCUUCUCUGAAUCUUUUUAACCCUUUGCAGCUGUUGAAGUUGGAUUUUUACCUAACACAGUGACAUUUUAAUGUAUUUCAGUGCGUACGCAGACCAGUUGGCUCUAAAGGUGAAAAUUUCUAAAGGAGAUUUUAAUUUACUUAGAAAAGUUGUGUAACUUUUCUGUUUUCGUGGUGGGCUAUAGUUUAGUAGCCUGUAUGUUAAAAGCAUGAUCCUUUUGCUAUAACUGUAUUUUAGCCUGAGAGAUCUUGUUGAGGACAUUUUUCCAAUUUGCAGUUUGGCAGUUUUUACCAUUUUAUUACUUAAUUUCUAAUAUUAUAAGCCAAGUAUCUAGAUUAAAGUUUAAAAAAAUCUGUUUUUUAUAGUGAAGGGCAUAUACUUCUCAUCUUCAAAGGGCUAUUUAAAAUAGAAAAUAUCCAGUAUUGAAAAACAAAUUGUUCUACCUUAAAUGCCAAGAGUCUGUGAAAGGUGUGAGAUUGACACCACUGGUGGCUCUUUAUCCACAGAACAUCUACAGCACAGCAGUAACUAUAAAUGCUUCCCUGUACUGCCCAGAGAAUAUGCCUCAACCCUGAUCCAUCUUGGCAAGGCCAUCUGGGUGCGUGAGAUGAUAGUUAUUCAAUCUCUGUGCCUCUGAUGAAACCGCUAAAAAGGAUUCCAGUCACUAUUGGGUGUAAAAU